UUAUUUGCUGAUGUUGAUUCUAAAUCGUUAGAUAGUACGGAAUACGAUUAUUCCUGAGCUAGGCGGUUGACUGUUUUCUCUUGCCGUUUUUGUUUAACUCAGUUAGGUUUCCCUCAUUUGUAGAAUGACUGCAAAUCAGGCUUGUUUUGUUUUGUACCUCAUAAUUUUGUCUGUGGCUAAACAUUCGAAAAUAUUUGAACUUUAAACAAUUGAUGCAAAGUGGAACUAGAAAUUUUAUGGUCAAGAGGGACCUGCCGCCACACCGGCAUCUCCUCGUUGUCUUCAAAAUUUUGUUUUCAGUAAGAAAAGUGAUUUGGUGGCAGACUUGCGCGCCCAUGUCAUGUACGUAUGGGCCUAAAUAUCUUGGGCGCACUUCUUCUGCACAUCAUAUCUCAGCAUGUACUGUAACGCAGUAUAAAACUACCUGUCACGAAGCAUAUGUUUGUAGUUUGUACACAAACAACUCCCAAUCGCCUGGUAUACAUGGCCAGCCACUUUUUCGCUCUUCGCCAUUUAUUGACAAUCGCGACCGAUACUAUUCAUAUGUAUCCGAUCGACUUUCUUUGAAGGGGGUCAUCAUGAAAUGGAGAAAUUUUUAAACCUCUUCAAAAUCUGACAAAGAAUGAUGAAUCAUAUUGAAGAGCUUGAAAGUAUUCUCGAUUUCCAGAAUGCAACCAGCGGUAGUGUGAAGGCCAUCCAAAUCAAUGUAUUUAUUAUGUUUGCUCAUUUUAUCUGUUGCGUCAUCGGCAUCCCACUGAACGUGUUUAUAGCCAGCGUCAUCGUUUCCAUGCGGAGACUGCGGAGCAAACCACGCAACAUCUUACUCCUUGGGCUCAUACUCUCCGAUCUCUCAGCGUUCGUGCCGGUGCUUAUGGAAUUCGCUUAUUUGCAUUUCCCAAGUUUAGAACUCUGCCGUACGUACGUCGCCAUCUCCGGCUUGCCGUACAUCCUAUUCUUGAUCCAUACGCUUUUAGCUUUGGUUGACAGGUACACUGCUAUAGCGCAUCCACUUUGGCAUUUCAAUCAAGUCACGCCCGUUUUAAUUGUCCGUUGCCAGCUCGUAGCCUCGUUAACCGCUUCUUUCGUCUACAAAUUCCCUUACGUCGUUCAGUUUUUACCGCUCAGCUGCGAAUUGCAAUUGCUCCAAGAGUUCAACUCCAUCGCGAUUACGUUGAUGAUUUUGUUCUCUAGCUGCAUCCUGGCCCACGUCAUCGUCUACCGACAGACGAAGAGAGUCCUUGCCAAUUACGUACCAAAAGGGUGGAAGCGAGGGACUUUCACGAGUUCCAAGAAUGAUAAGCGAGUAGCAGCAGUCGUCACGCGUUCCGAAGGUGUCCAAUCUCUCCAACAGCAGCCAUUGCCGAUUUUCCAGCAUCAGCCUCUUUCUUCGAUGAAUAGCGAAGGUAAUACGCAGCAGCAACGGCAGCAGGUGCCAGCUGACGAGAUGAGCAUUCACAUAUCCGAUCGCCGAGUCAGCCAGUUGGAAGUGGAGGCGACUCGGACGAUGAUAGUCAACGUGACGUCCCUUUCCAUUAUGACAGGUCCCUUUAUAUUGUUCACCUUGACCGUCUUCCUCUGCCGAUUUAGCGGCGAGGAACAAGUCUGCAGUUCUCUUGCGUGGCUGGCUCCCUAUUUGAAAGAAUUGGUAGUUUUACACGCCGUUUAUCACCCAACAAUUCAAUUAUCCCGCAGUUCGGAACUCUCGUCAGCUCUGAAGCAGUGGCUCAAUAGGUAACGACCUCCAGUUGUUUCUAUUACCCAACAGCAAGUCCCAAAACCCUUCGAUAUUGCGCGUUUUUUUGUUUCCUGUUACCUGUGAAAACCGCUUUAACAAUUGUUAUUCUCAUGUCUUUAGCACUAUAUAUCAUUCGAUGUUUAUCAAUAGCGGACACUGGAAUUGUUCAGGAAGCGUGGCUAUAUUAUCGCCAGUAUGUGAUAAAGUGACGGCAUUGCUAUAUUUGUUCCAUAUUGUUCAAUGUAAACUUGAAGCUUAAAGAAUAACAAAUUUCAGAAUUUGAAAUGUUGAACCUUUUUAGAGUUUCUGCUGAUUUGUUUACACAGCGUCACAAUGGAGCAAAACUAGAUGUUAAGUCGGGAUUCAGUUUAUAGAAUAAUUCCUUUCGACAUGCUUUUCAUUCCCAUCACACCACAUCACCUGGAAUUUCUCACGGUGUAAACUUCGAGAACACGUUUCCUUUUACGUCUUGAAUAUCACAUUUUCUUAUAUAAAUUUGCCAUUAAAACUUUCUCUAACUGUGUAAUCUUCUUUUCCUCUGUCAGCAGACCAUUUUAGAAAUCGAUCGACUUCGGCGACUCACAAAGCCUCUUAUCAACUUCAAGUUAAGAUUUUGACGCUCAAUAUAGUCACUUGUCCAAGUUUAUUAGUUUUUUUUUUUUUAACUUUUAACUGAAUGACGUAUUAAUUUCAGAAUAGUAGAGUACCGGUAGUAGACUAGUAUUAGAAC